UUUCAGCUAAAGAGGUGUGCUAGCUAGUUUGACAUGUACCGCAAAGAGCUGCUGGACGCUAGGAAGGCUUUGCGGAGUGCAAGAGAGAGUGGAGGCAGGAGCAAGGCACUUCGAGACUCUGAGACUACGGAGGAUGAGACGACCGAGCCCCAGCUGGAGACCAAAGAGGGCAGACAGCAGGACAAGGGCGCGCGCAAGGGACAUACAGGUGAAGGAGGCCGGAUGAUGGACUAUAACCCAGACGCCUCAGACCGUAGGGCCACUCUGCCCGGCACGUAUGACCCUGUGGUGGAGAGAGAGCUGCGCGCCCUGGGCUCUAGGCCCCCAGGGGCCCCUCUGGAUCCCUCCAACCCCUCCAGGCAAGGCCCCGCUGAGGGCGCCCCUGUGCGGCACCUGGGUGUGGAGCCACUGAUCCGAGCAUCCCACGCUAACCUGGCGCGGCAGGCUGUGCAGGGCUCAGAGGAAAGUGUGUCUGUGGGGAGUGACUACUACGGCAGCAUGUUCAGCCUGUACAGAGGCAGAACCUUCUCCAUGCCCUUAUAG